AUGGCUGAGACCGCUCCACUUGUCCAACCUGUCCAAGUUUAUGGUCGUAAGAAGACUGCUACCGCUGUUGCUUUUGCUAGAGCCGGAAAAGGACUUAUUACUGUUAACGGACGUCCACUUAAUGAAGUCAGACCAGAAGGACUUAGAUUGAAACUCCAAGAACCACUUCUUAUUGUUGGAGAAGAUAAAUUCAAUGGAAUUAAUCUUAAAGUUAAUGUUAGAGGAGGUGGUCAUGUUUCACAAGUAUAUGCUAUCCGUCAAGCAAUGGCUAAAGCUCUUGUUGCCUUCUAUCAAAAGAAUGUUGAUGAACAAUCCAAAACUGAACUUAAAGAACGUUUUAGUGAAUACGAUAAAGCUCUUUUGGUAGCUGAUCCACGUAGACGUGAACCAAAGAAGUUCGGUGGUCCAUCUGCUCGUGCUCGUUACCAAAAAUCUUACCGUUAA